UCAGAUCAGGUGAUGUGCAGUACUCUGGUAAUAGAAUAGAAAUCACACAGAUUCCAAUGUUCAAAACAGUUUGUUGCUACUGAGAGUAAACGGAUCACAGGAGAGAAGGUCAGGGAAGCAGGAACUUUCAACCUGCACAAACACAAGUUUAGCUUAGUCUUUGUGUAAAUCCUCUGUAAUGCUGCUCCUCUGCCUUGCUGUCUUCUGCCUCAUUGGCAAUUCGUUCUGUGCUGUUAUGCCACCGCACGACAGUUCAGGAUCUGGGUCCACCAGGAACAAACUGCUGCUCAUCUCCUUCGACGGUUUUCGCUGGGACUAUGACAGAGAUGUGGACACCCCUAACCUGGAUAAGAUGGCUCAGGAGGGGGUGAAGGCACAAUACGUCACACCACCCUUCCUCACCAUCACCAGCCCCUCACACUUUACCCUGCUCACAGGACGUUACAUCGAGAAUCACGGAGUAAUUCACAACAUGUGGUUCAACACUACUACUCAAGAGAAGAAGCAGUACUACAUGACUCAGUUUGUUGAUUCCUACUGGGACAAUGGCAGCUUACCCAUCUGGAUAACAGCCCAAAGACAGGGUCUAAAAGCAGGUUCUCUGCAUUUCCCUGGCACAGCAGCCACCUACAAAGGAGAGACUGUGAAGGUUAGGCAAGUGGAACCUCGUUUCUAUGAUCAUUCGAACGAGACAGAUUGGAGGCUGAACAUCGACAAGGUGAUUGGAGAGUGGUUCCACCAACAAGACCUGGACUUUGUCUCCUUGUACUUUGGAGAACCAGAUUCAACUGGCCACAAAUAUGGACCAGAUUCCCCAGAACGUCGUGAGAUGGUCCAGCAAGUGGACCGCACUGUAGGCUACAUCCGGGACAAGAUCCAAGACCAUGGCCUUACUGACCGGCUCAACAUUAUCAUCACUUCUGACCACGGGAUGACUACAGUUCUACGGGAUGGACUAGUUGAAGAAAUCAUCCUCUCUAAGAUCCCUGGCUUCAGUUUCAGGGAUAUCAAGUUCCAUCUGGUGGAUUAUGGUCCAGCUGGGAUGCUGCUUCCUAAAGAGGGGAUGCUGGAGAAGGUCUAUCAAGCUCUGAAAGGAAGCCAUCCUCAUCUCCAUGUGUAUAAAAAGGAGGAGAUGCCAGCCAGACUGCACUACAGUAACCAUCCUCGACUCCUGCCCAUCAUCCUCAUCGCUGACCCUGGAUAUGUAAUCAAUGGGCUGUUCCCUGUGCAGUUCAAUAAAGGAGAGCAUGGCUUUGACAAUCAAGUGAUGGACAUGAAGCCUCUCUUCAGGGUGGUGGGACCUGAUUUCCAGAAAAACCUGGUGUCUGGGCCUUUUGAGACAGUUAAUGUGUAUCCACUGAUGUGCCACCUACUGGGUGUAAACCCUGAAAUCAACGACGGACACUUGGACAAUACCAAACACAUGCUGGGCCCUAAGAAAAACAACAAUCCAGAAAUAAAUGUCCAGUUACAAGUGGUCGUCGGCCUAUCAGCAGUGAUUGGGUUUCUGGUACUGGUGUUCACAGUGACCACUUCCUAUGCUUGGUUCAAAAGGAGCAGAACAGAAAGGAGUUUCAAAACAUGCUGCUGGUGAAGAAGUUAAAGACGUGAGGCAAAGCCGUUUUUGAGAUUCAGAUUGAUGUUUUGGAAAAAAAACACUAUUCUCCUUGUUAAAGGAAUCAUUUUCCGUUAAUUAAAAAAAAUGUAAAUACCUCUUGACUGAAGGUAACAGUGAAUAAUUAUUGUCAUGUCCAUGGAGGUAAUGACCUGGUUUGUUUGGUGGCUGGAAGCAUCUCAAUUAGGUAUUGACCAAGAAAUAAGUACUUGAUUUUUUUGUAUGGAUGUAAGAAUUCUUUUACAUAUUUGAACAUUUCACUGUUUUCUCAUAAAUGACAAAAUAAGGCAAAUGCAUCCCAAGAUUGUCACUGAGGAUAUUUUCAUAAAGAUCACAAUACAAAUGCAGAUUAAAUUAAAUGUCCUAACAUUCCAUAAAUGUAGACUAUUGUGCAGCCUGAGUGCUUUAUUGUUGACUUUGAUUCAGUGUGAAUUCUUCAUGAUGACUUUGUCCUUUCUUUAUAUCAACUUUGCUUAAAGCUACCAGUAACACCUUCAAUUACAGCUAAGUAAUGAGGUUAUGGUGUGUAAAACCUAUUAUAUCCUCUAUUAAUAACAGGGAAUUGCCUUAAACAAAAAUAUUUUUGUUGGUUCAGUAUUAGUUUCCCUUGUGUGACCAACCAGAAAUAAAGUUGUCUUGAUG